UCAGGAGCGCAAGGUGCGCGUCUCCUCCGGCCGCCCCAGCGCAGGAGCGCGGGCUCGGAGGGGCUGGGCGGACCGGGGACUGCCUCGCCCCGUGGGCAGCUCCCCCGCCCGCGGGUGGAAGCGGGCAGCCCUCCCCGCCCUCCGUCCCUCCUUCCCCCCGCCCCGUGGCGCCGGAGCUCGGCGGCGCUGCGGGCGGGGGGUGCUGCCGCCUUCCCGGCCCCGCCGUCCGCCGAGCUCCCCGCGGGGCGGCCGGAGCGGAGCGGCCCCGUCCCGGCCAUGGGGCUGCGAGCCGCGGGGCUCCUCGGCUGCUGCUGCCUUCUGCCCCUCGUCCUGCCCGCAGCGCAAGGCGUGAACUGUAGAACUGGCUGUCACCCAGAGAAUGGAUUUUGUGAAUCUCCCAAUGAAUGCAGAUGUCAACCUGGCUGGCAGGGUGCUCUUUGUAAUCAAUGUGUUCCUUUCCCUGGGUGUUUGCACGGCAGCUGUGCCAAGCCCUGGCAGUGCAUCUGUGAGGAGGGCUGGGUUGGCAGCCUCUGUGACAUAGAUAUUCACCCAUGUUCUGCAAAGCCCUGCACCAAUAACUCAACAUGCAUAGAGACUGGUGAUGGAGGAUAUAUUUGUCUGUGUGCCCAGGGAUUUACAGGAAAAAACUGCCAUCUCAAGAAAGGACCAUGCAUUAUUAAUGGCUCUCCCUGUCAGAAUGGAGGAACAUGUGUUGAUGACAACGGUUUUGCACCACAUGCUUCCUGUCUGUGCCCUUCUGGUUUUGCUGGCAAUUUCUGUGAAAUCGACCGAGAUGACUGUGAAUCCAACCCUUGUGAAAAUGGAGGAACAUGUACAGAUAUUGGUGUGGGUUUCAGCUGUUCUUGUCCCCAUGGCUAUACAGGAAAGCUCUGCAGCAGCCGUGUCAUAUUUUGUGCCAGUGGCCCCUGUGAGAAUGGAGGGACUUGCAGUGAACAUCCCCAGGGAGGGUUCAAAUGCAUCUGUAAACCAGAAUUCAUUGGUGUUACCUGCAAACAUCCCAGCAAAAACACAAGUCUUUCUGGAGUGCAUAUGGAAAGGAAGCAUAUGCAGAAUUACAAGCCACCCUCAAAAGCUCAUCAUAGAUCAGUGCAUCAACAGCAAGAAAUCCUGAAAAUAACAGUGAAAGAAACAAUCCAAAAUGCAGAUCCUUUUCUGAGCAGAAGCCAGGUCAUAUGUUUUGUUGUUCUAGGCUUGCUUACGUGUCUUGUUGUCUUGGGCACAACCGGGAUUGUUUUUUUUUCAAAAUGUGAAAUGUGGCUUGCUAAUGCCAAAUACAGUCAUCUUCUGCGCAAGAAAAAGAACUUUUUUCUGAAGUCUAACAAUGGGGAAAACCUCUCAGUUAAUAUUAUCUUCCCAGAGAAGAUCAAGUUGACUAAUUACACUAAGAACUACACUGCCAUCUAGGCCCUUGAAAGCCGAGCAGCAACUUGUGACUUUUCAUAGCAAUAUGUAAAAUUUGUUGCCUGUGGUUGGCCUCAGUAUUUGUGGGUAUAUUUGCUGUAAAUUUUGCUGGGUGAUAAUGAAGAAAUGUAAUGUAUCUGUCUAGCUAAGGAUUUUUUCAUUCCCCAAAAUAAAAGGUAAAAAAAAAGGAUAAAGAGCAAGGAAUGUUAAUUUUAUUUCUUUUUAAGGCAGCUAUUUUUUGUAAAAUAAAAAGUCUUGUUUACCGUUGGAACUGUAUUGUAGCUUUCUUGUCUUGUGCAUAGUGUAUUUGGCAAAUACAGUACUUGUAAAUUACUUAGUAAUGCCUUUUUUUUUUUUUUAAAUAAACAGCAGGUAAGGGCUA